AUGUCCAAGCUUUUCAUUGGUACGUCCUCCAGCGGCCUUGCAUGGCACACUGAGGAAGGCACCCUCAGACAGAAGUUUGAGGAGUUCGGUGCUGUUGAGGAAGCUGUCGUUGUAAAGGAUCGCGACACUGGCCGUAGCCGUGGAUUCGGCUUCGUCCGCUACACCCAGGACGGAGAUGCCCAGAAGGCCAUUGCCGCCAUGAACAACGUCGAGUUUGACGGACGCACUAUUCGCGUUGACAAGGCUUCCGACAACGGCCCCCGUGGUGGUGGCGGCGGUGGUUUCCGCGGCGGCGGCGGCGGCUUCGGCGGCGGGCGUGGCGGCUACGGCGGCGCCCCCCCUGCGCCCUACGGCGCUGCCCCGGGCGGAUACCCGGUCGGCGUCCCCAACAUGUACCAGCAGCAGCAGCCUGCGUACGGCCGUGGUUACCCCCCUCAGCAGCCCUACGGUGCCCCUCCUCAGGGUGAGUUGAUACCGCGAAUUCCAAUGAUUGAGUACGCUUCUGACAAUCCCUACGCAGACGGUGGCUACGCUCCGCAGGCUCCGUACGGCUACCAGCAGGACCCGUCUCAGCAGCCUCAGGGCGGCCGAGGCUAUUAG